ACAAAAAAUUCUCUCUAUUUCGUUAAUAUGCUUUUUAUCCAAAUUUAAUAUAUAAAAAUGUCAAAAGCUCUGUCAAAUAAUGAAAAAAAAUGCAAGGCAUCAACAUCAUGUUGGUACUUCACAAUCUAGUUUACGUCCGAAACCUUAUAGAUUUUGUUGCGAAGUAAAGGACCAAGAUACAAGGUUAGAUACAAAGAAUGAUGAGGACCAGCUAUUUUCUCGAUACAAUCUAACGGAAGGUGGACCUGAUAUAAAAUUUCGCCUUCAAGAAGUAAAUAACGCUUCAGCAUCCCCACAACGCGUUAAUCAAAAAAGCGUGUAUCGAUCAGGAUUUCGAGGUCGACCGCGGGGUCGACAGAAAGGCGGAUAUGACGAUCUACCUCGAAAUGGCCAGCAGAAAGGAUAUCGAAGUGGUCAACGAAUAGAACGGGAUCGUAGCGAAAGCGAUAAGAAUAAUAAAGGUUUCCAUGAACCAAUGAUCUGUAGACACUGCAGAGGGCCUCUUAAAUGGUACUUGGAAGAUGAGAUAGCUGUUGCUCGUGAAAUAAUGAUGCAGGACCGACAAGAACAGUAUAACACAGAAAUGGAACAGAAUAUUAAAACUGCUAAAAAAAGGAAAAAGAGGAAAAAAAGAAGAAAAAAGGUAGAAAGUUAACAGCAGAAGCCGUAUCUUGAACUGAAUGAAAAUAUGUACAAACGGUACGACUGUUAAAUAAAAUGUAUGGAAACAAAAAUUUGCAGGAUAAAAAUAACAAUAUUUAAAUAAAAAACACUUUUUAUAUUUUAAUAUUUAUAUUUAUACUUACUGCUGCUAUUAUUCUCGUUACAUAUAAAAAAAUAUAUACCCAUAUUAGAAAAUAUACUUUAUUUUAAUAGAAAUGCUUACACAAUCCACUAUUUAUUAAAGAACGCAAUACUGUGAAUAUACUACCCAAACAUUGUUUGAAACUUCUUUUUAGAUAUUCUCAUAAGUUAUGUAAUUAAGAACUAUAAUUAAUACAUAUAUAAUUAAUAUAUAUCGAAGUGAAGUAAACAGAAAAGUAGUUUUCUACAAUUGCAGCAGAACAAUAUAUAAUCUCAUUGUCAUGUAAAGAAAUAUAUUUAUAAUUAAUGUUUGGUUUUUUUUAGUGAAAUCAUAUGCUUAUUAUUGUUGACAAAAGACUCAAAUAUAAAUUUGAAGUUACAAAGAUUU